GUGCAAUGUGUGCAUUCUUCAGCCUUGAGUCAUAAUCGACGGAGUCAGCUUUUAUGCUUUUAAUGGUAUUCAUGGUGUCAUUUCUUCUAGUCUAUUUCUAGUAUUCUGGUACAAAAGAACUUGCAACUUCCUGGUAAUUACUUGUUCUGAGACUCGCUCCUCUCUAUUUUUCACAUAUUACUGUACAAUAUGACAAUCAAUGGAAGAGAAUUAAUGAGUGUGGUCGUAGACAUAUGCCGAAAACGGAAUGCGAAGGAAUGCAUUACAAGCUCGCUGAAAGGAGGCUUACUAGCAGGAGGUGCAUGUGCCCUUGGUGGACUCAUUUUGGGACCUGUAGGCUUGGCAUUAGGUGGAGCACUUGGUGGAGGUUUAGCCGCUGCCUCUUCAGAUUUUAAACCACUGCCAGUAGUCAUUUCCCAGGAUCUUACGGAUGCUGAAAAGAAUGAACUUCUUUCAAGGGUCUCCCGAGUACUCCUGCAACUAGGCCCUCAAGAUGCCCUAACAAUUUCAAUGCUAAUGCUUGCUCCUAAUGAAGAACUCAUUCUCCAGGCUGUCAGACUCUUUUUCUCUGAAGUGAGGCACACCCAGAUUUCCUUUGACCAACCCAACCAACUGAGAUGAUGUAGGAUAAAAUUAUCACCAGAGUGAACACUUUGGACUCUAAAAAGAGAACAUGAAAAAAGUGACUACUGUUUUUUUUUGUUAGCCAAGUCAUUUGAUAAGUUUCCUUUCAAGUUACCUGUUGCAUGUUUCUCAUAGUUUGCGCUUAAAAUCUCUCGAUUCCUUCCCCUCUACAAUGGCAUUGGCAAGCCCUUCACCGCUCAAAAUUAUGAGGGCUUGCGUCGGUCUCCCUUGAAUUGUAUGCCAUCAUUCUCAUUUGAUCUUUUUCACAUGAGAGGAUCCAUUUCAUUUCCUGCAUAUCUAGAAUACUCAAGGUUGCAAUUUACUAAAAAUUAGGUAUAAUUUAAAAAAUUGAGUUUGCCCUGAAAUCGUUUAAGCAAGCACCUGCAGGGUUUUUAUCAGACAGUUUGUGCCUUAAAAGUAGGUUCUUAUUAAGAAUAGAAAUGAAUUUAAUCACGAUUAUUGAUCAGACCGAGGCAACAUUUUAUUCAUAUCUCAUACAUUUUGCCACUUAUCAUCUACCUCUUACCCAUCAUGCAAAGUCCUAGCUGAGAAAUAUUUAUCCACUACUAAACACUAAUUUGAUUCAUAACAUUGAAAUGACAAAAAUUUCCAGAGCUCAAGAAAUUUGCCCCUUCUCCAACAGUGUUUCAUUGUUAUUUGCUUUUUUGGGAAAUUCCUUACAGAUGCACAAAAACUGAUUAGAAAUGAUGCUCAUAAAAGUCAAGUCUGUGUGUGACUAGUUUGUAGAGCUCAGCAGCAGUUUUCCUACUAAUACUCAUGCAGCUGCUGCAGCACCAAAGCAAUAACAUGAGCCGCAUAUAGUGGAAGGUAUUUGUCCCAAGUAUGUGCAGUAUUGCGCAAGAUCAAAAGGUCAGAAGGAGGAGAUGAGGAUAUUGCAUGUUAUUUACAUACAUUCACCAAAACCUCUUACUUUAGAUUCAUGUGGUUGCCUCACUUUGGAAAACGCCCCACCGGUCAGACUGACAUCCUGUUCAGGAACGAGUCCAAUGGGAUGAGAGACUCGUGUGAGCUCUAAGUUACAAGUGAUACAAGGAGACAAGCUGGUCUCUUGCUUAGAAUCCUUGCAACUUUUACAUGAAAUAAAUGUCUUACCCAAAGGGGUAGCAUGGUAGACUACUCACACUUGUUUCUAUUGAAUUAGAAAGAUACUCCAGUAUCCUGGAGCAUCAGUCUCAGCCCUAUUCUAACUUGAGAGGAAAUAAUAUGCAUACUUUGUCUACAAAGGUAACACAGUUUUUUUUUAAAAAAUUUGGGAGAAAAUUUAGGUAAAAUAUUUAUAGUACCAGUCCACAAUUAAAAUUGUUGAUUCCUAAAUUAUUAAUUGUUAACUUUUGGAGGAAAUUUUCUAUUUUUAGUGUUAACUGUUUUUAUAUGUUUGGUGAAAUGUGAAGAAUGAUUUUACGUAAAUAAAGUAAGACUGAAUGUUUUAAUAAAA